GAUCAGCCAGGUUCUGCCCGAUGCGACGACGACAGCUUUCGAAUAUGAGGAUGAGGACGGUGAUCGGAUUACUGUUCGAAGCGAUGAAGAAAUGAAGGCGAUGCUGUCUUACUAUUACACCACAGUGAUGGAGCAGCAGGUAAACGGCCAGUUAGUGGUGCCCCUGCAGAUCUACCCAAGAGCCUGCAAGCCCCCUGGGAAACGGAACAUACAUGGCCUGAAGGUCAAUACGCGAGCCGGGUCGGCUACCAAUAGUGCCACGGCCGUCCCAGAUUCUCUUCCGAGCAAUAGUUUGAAGAAGUCCUCUGCGGAAUUGAAGAAAAUACUAGCGAACGGCCAGAUAAAUGAACAAGACAUACGGUAUCGAGACAUCCUCGGUCACGGCAACGGCGGGACGGUCUACAAAGCAAGCCAUGCCCUCAAUGGGAAGAUAUUGGCAGUAAAGGUGAUCCCUUUAGAUAUUACGCUGGAACUGCAGAAGCAGAUCAUGUCGGAACUAGAAAUUCUUUACAAGUGCGAUUCAUCCUAUAUCAUAGGCUUUUACGGUGCCUUUUUUGUAGAAAACAGGAUUUCCAUUUGUACCGAAUUCAUGGAUGGAGGCUCUUUGGACGUGUACAGAAAAAUUCCGGAACACGUGCUUGGAAGAAUAGCCGUGGCUGUUGUUAAAGGUCUGACGUAUUUGUGGAGCUUAAAGAUUUUACACAGAGAUGUGAAGCCCUCGAAUAUGUUGGUGAACACAAGAGGCCAGGUCAAGUUGUGUGAUUUUGGGGUCAGCACCCAGCUGGUGAAUUCCAUCGCCAAGACGUACGUCGGGACGAACGCUUAUAUGGCGCCUGAACGCAUUUCAGGAGAGCAGUAUGGCAUUCAUUCCGACGUUUGGAGUCUGGGGAUUUCCUUCAUGGAGCUUGCUCUCGGGAGGUUCCCGUAUCCUCAGAUUCAGAAAAACCAGGGAUCUUUAAUGCCUCUCCAGUUACUCCAGUGCAUUGUUGAUGAGGAAUCGCCUGUCCUUCCGGUUGGGGAGUUCUCCGAGCCGUUUGUACACUUCAUCACUCAAUGCAUGAGAAAACAACCCAAGGAACGACCGGCUCCGGAAGAGUUAAUGGGCCACCUCUUCAUCGUCCAAUAUAAUGAUGGGAAUACCGAGGUCGUCUCCAUGUGGGUGUGCCGGAUGUUGGAAGAGAGGCGUGCACAGCAGCAGCAGGGAUCGCAGUGAACAGGGGAAAUGCGAAAAGUCCCGGUGAUGGAGACUGGCGCUAGCCGAAGUCCACAAGGACAAUAAUGCUUCAGCGGGAGACUUCACCCGUUAACGAGGCCUCCAAAGUCGGCUUUUGGGCACAUGUGGUGGCAGCUCUUUAUUCUGCGAUGGUUCCUCCACAGACUCACUCAAACCGGCUUUGUUGACGGUCCGUCACGCCACAGGCUGCAACCUUAAGACAAUGUUAUUAUUAUAUAUUUUAUUAAACUUCCUGUAUAUUUUCCACAGAGUAUUUUAUACACAUUUUUUGUUGUUAUUUUACUAGCUUAAACAACUUUGAGGGCAGCAUGGAUCAAUCCCUGCCUGUUAAUUUAAAUUUUAUUUUUGGACUGUGGACUAAAGGAUGCUUUGGCUUUUCAUUUUAGAUGUCGACAUAGAAUGAAAAUUGGCCGGCUGUACAAAA